CACUGCUGACUUCCUAUGGACUCUCUCUUUUCUUCUUCUCUCUUUCAAUCUUUUCAAUUCAUCAGUCACAUCCCAAUAUGUUCAUUUCCAUUAUUUGUGGACUGUAAUCACAGAACCCCAUUUUCCAAUUUCCACGUUUAGACUUCUUCUUUCUCAUUCUUCUCAACUGUUAUUUCCCCACUAUGCGUCUUUCUCACAGAUUCCCAUGCUUCAAACCCCAUCGUUUUUCCCCCAUUUUUAUACCCAUUUCCCUUGAUUCCAUACUUUACCAAUCGUUGAAGCUCCCCUUCUCCAUACCCACUUUCAUUUUUCCUCUCCCCUUCCAAAAUUAUGCUUCGAACUCUGUUUUUCUAAUGGAGGGUUUGAGUGGUUUAGCUGGGUGAUGAGGCAGUGAGCUGGAAGGACUAAGAAAUGAAGCGUUUCGGGUUUAACGUUGAAGAAACUAUUGUGGUUUUGCGUCAUGCUGCUUUGGAGAAGCCUUUCCUUCCAUAUUUGGUUCCUCUGUUUUUUCUUGCUUGGGCUUUCGAUAAAUGGGUUUUUUCUUUCUCUAAUUGGAUUCCACUUGCUAUUGCCGUGUGGGCGACUUUACAGUAUGGAAGUUUUCAACGUCAACUACUAGUAGAGGAGUUGAACAAGAAAUGGAAGCAAAUUAUAUUAGACACCUCGCCCAGUACACCACUUGAGCACUCUGAAUGGUUAAAUAAGCUGUUGACGGAGAUUUGGCCUAACUACAUCAACCCAAAACUUUCAUUAAAGUUCUCUACUAUUGUUGAGAAACGAUUAAAACACCGGAGGCCGAAACUUAUUGAGAGAAUAGAAUUGUUGGAGUUCUCUUUAGGCUCAUGUCCUCCUGGCUUGGGCCUUCGUGGGACUCAAUGGUCAACAUCUGGCAAUCAGAGAAUCAUGCGUUUGGGUUUUGAUUGGGACACAAAUGAAAUGAGUAUUAUGUUGCUUGCCAAGUUGGCCAUGCCAUUUACUGGAACUGCACGGAUUGUUAUCAAUAGCAUUCACAUAAAGGGUGAUCUUCUCUUGAGGCCUAUCUUGGAUGGGAGAGCAAUUUCGUAUUCAUUUGUUUGCACUCCAGAAGUGAGAAUAGGAGUUGCUUUUGGAAGUGGUGGAAGCCAGUCGUUACCUGCAACUGAGCUGCCGGGUGUUUCUUCUUGGCUGGUUAAACUUCUAACAGACGUUAUAGUAAGGACAAUGGUUGAACCUCGACGCCGCUGUUUCUCCUUGCCAGCUUUUGAUCUGGGUAAAAAGGCUGUUAGUGGUACAAUAUAUGUGACAGUCAUCUCAGCCAGUAAGCUUUCCAGAAACAGCUUGAGAGGAAACUCUUCCAGGAAACCACUGAGUACUUAUAUGAAUAGUCCACUAGACGAAAACUUAACUGAUAAGGAUGAAUUGCAGACAUUUGUCGAGGUGGAACUUGAUGAGCUAAGUAGGAGGACUGCUGUAAGAUUAGGCUCCAACCCUGUAUGGAAUUCCACAUUCAAUAUGAUUCUACAUGAAGAUACAGGAACUCUUCGGUUCAAUUUAUAUGAGUCAAAUCCAAGCAAUGUGAAGUAUGACUAUCUAGCCAGUUGUGAAGUAAAGAUGAAGUACGCUGCUGAUGAUUCUACAACAUUUUGGGCAAUAGGAUCUGACUCUGAAGUAACUGCAAAGCACAGUGAGUUUUGUGGAAAAGAGGUCGAAAUGGUUGUCCCAUUUGAAGGAGUCGAUUGUGGGGAGUUAACAGUGAAGUUUAUUGUUAAAGAGUGGCAAUUUUCAGAUGGUUCACAUAGCUCGCAUAAUUUUCAUGUCAGACCUCAACAAUCAGUUAAUGGAUCUUCAAACUAUGCUUCAAGGACUGGAAGGAAGAUUGCCAUUACCCUUGUAGAAGGAAAAGAUCUUAGUUUGAAGGAUAAAUCUGGGAAGUGUGAGUCAUAUGUAAAAUUGGAAUAUGGGAAGGCUUUCCUGAAAACAAGAACUGCUAUUUCUGUAAAUCCUAAUUGGAAUCAGAAGUUUGAGCUUGAUGAGAUUGGAGGUGGUGAAUACCUCAAGAUAAAAUGCUUUGGUGUAGAUAUAUUCGGUGACGAAAAUAUUGGUACUGCCCGAGUUAAUUUGGAAGGACUUCAUGAAGGAAUAGUCAGGGAUGUAUGGGUCCCCCUCGAAAAAGUAAAUUAUGGAGAACUAAGGCUAAUGAUAGAGGCAGUCAAGGCAGAUGACUAUGAAGGAUCACGGGGUUCAAACAUAGGCUCAAAUAAUGGUUGGAUAGAACUUGUUAUCAUAGAAGCUAAAGAUUUGGUUGCUGCUGAUAUUGGAGGGACAAGCGACCCUUAUGUAAGAGUACAAUAUGGAAACUUGAAGAAAAGAACAAAGGUUAUGUUCAAAACUUUAAAUCCUCAUUGGAAUCAGACCUUAGAGUUCCCUGAUGAUGGCAGCCCUUUACUGUUGCAUGUGAAAGACCACAAUGCUUUACUACCCACAUCAAGCAUAGGCGACUGUGUUGUCGAGUAUCAAAGAUUGCCUCCAAACCAAAUGGCUGACAAAUGGAUACCUCUUCAAGGGGUUAAACGAGGAGAGAUCCACAUCCAAAUCACAAGAAAAGUUCCAGAUGUAGAGAAAGAGAGAAGACUUAGUUUAGAACCCGCCUCGGAUUCUGAAUCAUCUGUCACCAAGGCACAUCAAGUUUCAAGUCAGAUGAAGCAGACAAUCAGCAAGUUUCACGCUUUAAUCGAGGAGGCUAAUCUUGACGGUCUUUCGGCAUCGUUGAAUGAACUAGAAAGCCUGGAGGAACUGCAAGAGGAAUAUAUAUUACAACUUGAAACUGAACAAACGCUUCUUAUAAAUAAGGUAAAGGAGCUUGGCCAGGAAAUUCUUAGUUCUCCUUCAUCAAUUAGUUGGAAAUCUUCUGGAAAUUGAACUCUUCUUGACUUUUAAUUAUCCAUAGAGAGCACUUCAGAUAGGUACAUAGUUCUGUAAGAUCGAUUGGUUAAAAGUUAGUCCCCCUGUAUGAUGCACAAUUACAAGCCAAUUCAGUUUUCCAUGAUUGUAAGCUCAUUGUAAACUUCUGUACAGUUUUAAAGUUGGAGAAUAAGUGUUCUUGUUGUUGCUUUUAGUGUUUGAGCUCAAAUAAGAAGAGCAUAACAAGAAUUGAAAGGAUUUGUUAAAA